GCAAACAUGAUGAGGACAAAAAUGAACUACAUGAAACAGAGAUGGAGGAAAAAUUACAGAGAGAACGUGAGGAAAAGAAAAGACUUGAAGAUGAGUUGCAGAACAAGGAAGAAGACUUAAAACAUGUCAGACAAACCAUUGAAAAACUGAUGGAACAGAAGACAUUUCUGAAGAACCAGAGAGAAAAACUCAUCACUCUACUGCAGGAGGACAAGGCAGGAAUGAAAGAGAUCACGAAAAAGUUGGAGAAAGAAACCCCAUUCCUUGACAAAGAGAAAAAAAAGAAUAAGCUUGUAGAUAAAAAAACUGACCUGGGAAAGAGAAUAGAAGUACAUGAAGAACUGUUAAAGAUGACAGAAAAGCUAAUGGAGGAAACAGAGAACAUUAUAAUCCAAAUGACAGAAAGAAAGGGAAAACUAGAAAAAGACAAGGAACAAAUGAUUAAACACUUGAGAGAGAAACAGAAAGACAUAGAAGAGAUUAAGAAGAAACUGUCAGAGAAACAAGCGAGAGACACUGAACAGCAAAGGACAGAGCAACACGGCAAAUAAAACAUGGAUUUUGCUGUUUUUUUUCCUCUUGCUGUCAUUUUGCAAUGUGAUGCCUAAUGUUUCUUUAUUUGUUUGCUUUAAAUUUAUACUAUAUACAUUUAAACAAGAAAUGCAGUUUGACCAUAUUUUAUCACAGGAGAUAAACAUUUUUGUGAUUCUUUAAAUCUUUUGUCUGUGUGAAAGUAAGAAUUACACAGUGAAAGCAAGACGAAAAUAUGCUCUCUGUAUUGUCAUGAGACCUGCGGUAGAAAAACUCCCCCCUGGCCGCCUCCACAUCACAGCUAAGAGAUGUUAAAAGUUCUUAAUCCGGUUGUUGAUGACGUGACGAAUCCUACUUCCGGGCCUAAAGUAGCU